AUGGCCACCCCUAGUGUUCUCAUCUUUGACGCUGAGGGUCGGGCAGUUGACUUUGAGGUUAGGGUAGAUGAUCUGCAGCUUUUCCUACAGUGCGAUAGGGAAGACGGUCUCUCCCUGUUUGACCUCACUUCUGGUGCCUCUCCUGCCCCUGCUGCUGAUGCUGACGCCACUGUUCGCUCACAGUGGGCCACGCGCGAUGCUGCUGCUCGCCUUGCUGUGCGCCGCCACUUACCGACCACCGAGCGUGCACACAUUAGCCAGUACAAGAGUGCUCAGACCUUGUACGACGCUGUAGUUGCACGCUACUCUUCCCCUCCCACUGCUGCACUGAGCCGCCUCAUGCUACUGGACCACUUCCUCUCAGUUUGCCCCACCACGCUCACCGUUGACCUCCUCGAGAAGGCCCUCCUAGCAGCGGAGAAGAGCAUAGUCGCUGUAGGAGCCUCUCGUGUUUCGAGUCGGUCGGCGCUGCGUCUGCCCCGAGCGGGAGACGCCACACCGGCAAGGGCAAGGGGGGCAAGGGCGCUGGAGGGGCUGGCGGGGGCAGUGGAGGUGGUGGUGGAGGUAGUGGAGGGAGUGGGGAUGGUGGUGGGAGUGGUUCUGGGGGUGGCGGCGGCAGCGGCAGCAGUGGAGGCGGAGGAGGCGGCGGAAGUCGCGGAGGGAGCGGAGGCGGCGGAGGUGGCGGAGGAGGCGGAGGUGGAGGAGGCGGCGGAGGCGGCGGUGACGGCGGCGGCGGUGGUGGAGCGGGUCACGACUCUGCGCAGAGGAGUGGCUCAGGUGGUGGUCCGCGCCAGCAGAAGCGGAGUGGUGUGA